AUGUCUCUUAAAAUUAUAUCUAAACGCCACUUAAGACGCCGUAUUUCUAGAAACACAAAAAACGCCAUAGAAAAUAUUAUAAUUAAUGAAAAAUAUGCAGCCUCUGGUUCAGCAGCAGAACAAAUUGUAAUAAACAAUAACAAUUUUCAUUUAAAUUCAAUAGAAUUAGAAAAUAUUUCAAACACCGAUGAUAAUGUAAUGAUUGUUGACGAUAAUGAAACUGAUGACCGUGACGUAAAUGAUGAAUAUUAUUAUGUGCCCAAUAAUCAAAAUACUUUUACUGACAACAAAUAUUUUGAUGAAAAAAAUUCAAAAGAAAAUGAAGACAGGUUAAAAUUAAAUAGUCAACAAAUCUCCCAAAAAAUAGAAGAAGAAGCGUUUGUUAGUAGUUUUAAGAAAUGGGCUUGUCAGAAUAACGUGCCUCAUAAAUGUUGCAAUGAAAUAAUUUCUCUAAUAAGGCCGAAGUACCCGUUUUUAAAAAAAGAUAUACGUUCAAUUUUAGGAACACCAAGAAAAGUUGAGACGACGAUUUUAGAAAAUGGCGAGCUAAUAUAUUUUGGUAUCGAAGCUGGUUUAAGAAAAAAAAUUGAUUCAAAAAUUAUUGAACACACGUUAAUUUCAAUACAAAUAAAUAUUGAUGGGAUACCGCUAUAUAAUAAUAGCACUAUUGAAUUUUGGCCUAUUUUAGCCAAAAUUAAAAACGAUAAGGCCCCAUUUGUUGUGGCUGUAUUUUGUGGCAAAGGCAAGCCUACACCAAUAGAAUCAUUUUUGUUAGAUUUUAUUGAAGAGUCAAACCAAUUAAGAGACUCUGGAUUCAAGUACAAUAACAUUUUGUACCAGUUCAAUAUUUCUCUUUUUACUUGUGAUGCACCAGCCAGGUCUUAUUUGAAAAAUAUUAAGGGGCACACAAGUAAAUUAGGUUGUGAGAGAUGUACUCAAAGUUCAUUAUACAUAGAAAAUAAAAGAUUUUACGACGUGAAUGAUAUUACCAGUACAAAAAGAAAAGAUUCUGAUUUUGAAAAACCAGAGCUUAAAAAAAUUGACAAAAAUAGACCCCAAAAAUGUGAUCAUAUUAAAGGUUUAUCCCCAUUAAUAAAGUUAAAUUUGGGUUUAGUUAGUCAAUUUGUAUUGGAUCCGAUGCACUUAUUGUAUCUUGGCGUGACAAAACGAUUGCUCGUAAAAUAUUUAGUUGAAGGAAAAAGACGUAUUAGACUAUCCAAAACUGCCACAGGCAACAUUAACUGCCAAAUAAAACAAUUGAAGUUCCCUGAGGAAUUCAGUAGAACCUUACGAACUCUGCAAGACGUUAAGAGGUGGAAAGCUGUAGAAUUUAGAAUGUUCCUGUUGUAUUAUGGACCUAUCCUAUUGAAAAAUAAUGUGAGCAAAGCGAUUUAUGAACAUUUUUUAUAUUAUCAUGCUGCUGUCUUUAUAUUAUCGAAUGACUAUUUUCUUGAAAAUUAUCUUGACAUUGCAGAAUCAGCUCUAGCUCAUUUUGUUUAUAAAUCAGCAGAAAUAUACGGAAAAUUCUUUGUGGUGUACAAUGUACAUUCAUUGAUUCAUGCAUGUGAGGACGCCAGAAAAUAUGGUAAUAUAGAAAAUUACAGCUGCUUCGAUUAUGAGAAUUAUUUGGGAAAACUGAAAAGGAGAGUUAGAGGAAAGCAUCGCCCUCUGCAACAAAUUUAUAAUAGAAUAUGUGAAAUGAACAACAGUGAUGUUUCAAAUAAUCAUUCCAAGAAAAUAAAAGAGCAUGUGAAAGGGGUAUUUUCGGAAGAAAACGGUUAUUUUCAGUGCAUAAAAUAUUAUAAUGACAGAUUUGUUUUAUCUUUAAAAAAACCUAAUAAUAUAGUUGCAGUUCGCAAAAAAAUAUUUACAAUAAAAUCAAUUUAUUUUUUAAAUAGCGUUUACUGGUGCUCAGGCGUACCUUUUAAAUAUAUGUACAAUUUUUAUGAAAAACCCAUAGAAUCCUCAAAAUUGAACAUAUAUUUUGUCAGAGGAACAGGAAAAGUGGAAAAUUUUACUAUAAGUAGCAUAAUGUUCAAAUGUAUAGCAACAGCAUAUAAAGACGGUUUCAUUAUUUUCCCAAUUUUACACACAACUUGUGCUCCCAUGUACUAA